AUGGCCUUAGCGCUGCGUCGCAGAGGUCGCAGCGUGCGCUAUCUCCUGGCGCGGGGCUACGCUUCUGCAUCUACAAAUCCUGUUGUGUACAUUUCCAGGACACGGAAUCCCUAUUUUAAUUUGGCUUGGGAGGAUUUCUUGUUCCGCACUCUGCCUGAGAACGAGCCUGCAUGUUUCUUGUAUGUGAACGACCCUUGCGUCGUGGUUGGCCGCAAUCAGAAUCUAUGGAGCGAAGUGGACCCGCAGGCUAUGCGAGAGGAAAACGUUUCUGUGAUUCGCAGGCAGAGUGGCGGUGGCACAGUGUACCAUGAUCCAGGCAACCUUAACUUUUCGUUUCAUACAUCCAAAGCGUCGUUCGCGCGGCGCAUUCAUACAGAACUCAUUGCAGAAGCCUUCAAAAGUAAGCCAGUUUCUUUACCAUCAAAGCAUGGAAUUGAUCCAGUCUUCCUGACAGAUCGCAAUGAUUUGGCCGUCCUGGAUGUCCAAGCCACGGAGGCCGAAGAAAAGUGGUUCCGUAAAGUAUCCGGCAGUGCCUAUAAAUUAGCAAAUCACCGUGCGUAUCACCAUGGCACAUUGUUGCUGGAUGCAAAUCUGCGGCGCAUGUCGAUGCUUAAGCAGCGCCGAUCUCAUAUGACGACGAAUGCUGUGUCAUCGGUACCUUCCCCUGUAACCAACCUGACCAUGGCGUUUCCUGACCAAGCCGCUCGUUUGGCGUGUGAGUGUGUCAUGGAAGCCAUUUACGCGGCUUUCUGCCGAAAGUAUGGGCCCAGCAACAAGGUGUGGGUCGAUGAGCGCAUGCUCGAUCACACAGCCCAAAUCAAGUCUCGUACAUAUCAUGUUCGUGAAAACUACGAAUCAUUACAAAGUUGGGAUUGGCUUUAUGGCUCCAACCCUGCCUUUUCUGUCACAGCAUCGACCGAGCAUGUGCCGUUCGAUCAAGCGUCACUUACCGUGACACUGCAUUGUACACACGGUCGAGUUGAUCGCGUGGAUGUGGAGACGCCGUCGCCCACGUUGGCGCAGGCAGUACAACAAUUGAAAGGCGCACCGUACGACGCCUUGGCGUGGGCACCGCCAUCGAGCGUACCGCCUAGCACAGCACCAGCGGUCGAGGCACGCCUAGCCGCGUGGCUGAAGAAGGCAUUGUAG